CGAUGAUUAGGUUAAAUACAAGGGUAAGAAUAAAUAUAUCGGCGUCAAUCAAAUUCCUCAGUUGGUCCUGUCUAUGGUGAAAGAUCGCAACAGUCGAGUAUUAGGGCUUAUGGUGCCUGCUCAUUUCACCUUUUCUCAAAUUCCGUCGAUGGAAGCUUCCGCGCUUAGAUCAAGGGUAUGUGUUCGGAGAAUCAUCAAUCCGCCGGUCGCCGCCGCAAUUGCCAAUCGUUUGGAUCAAUGGAAUAUUCCGUUAUGAACCGUGUUGGCUUUUCAUCUCGGCGCCGAGAAUUGUGAGGUUUCUGUGUUUACUAUAGAAAAGGACUGUUACCGUAUGAAGGCCACCACCGGAGACCCCCGUUUGGGCGGAGUAGACUUCUCCAAUCGGCUGUUCAAUCAUUUUGAGGCGGAGUUCGUUUCCAAGCACGGGGAAUCAUUUUGCACGGACGAUCGAUCCCUCAGGCGGUUGAGGCAAGCGUGCGAGAGGGCCAAGAUUGCUCUUUCCAUCACCAAUAAAGCGACGGUCGAGAUCGAUUCGUUGUACGACGGCGGGACCGACUUGUGCUCCAGUAUCACGAGGGUUGGAUUCGAGGAUCUAAAUGCCGAUUUGUUUCGAAAGUGUGGUGAUUUGGUGAAAAGAUGUUUGAUGUAUGCCAAGAUUCACAAGAACCUUGUUAAUGAUGUUGUUCUCAUCGGAGGGUCCACAAAAAUCCCGAAAGUGCAGAAAAUAUUAUGUAAUUUCUUCGGUAGGGACUUGCUCUGUACGAAUAUCAACCCUCAUUUAGCGAUGGAGUAUGGGCAGAAGUUGUAUACAUACACUCAAAAGGUUAAACAAUUGGUUCUUCUUCAUUCCGCUCGGCUAAACCUGGGCAUCGAGACGAAUGGUGGAGUGAUGUCCGUUGUCGUCCCAAAAAACACCGUUCUUCCGAUUCGGAAAAAUAUAAUUUGCUCCACUUCUUCAGACGAUCAAUCCAGCGUACUAAUACAGGUGUAUCAAGGGUUGAGGCUAAUGGCUAAGGACAACAAUCUUCUCGCGAAAUUCCAGCUCAAGGGCAUCGGGCUGGGCCCGCGUGGGGCCCCGAAAAUCAACGUGUGCUUCCACGUCGAGGCCGACGGGGUACUGAAUGUGUCGGCCGAGGACAAGAUUUUCGGCUUGGAGAAUGAGAUCACGAUAACGUACAACAACGGAUGGGUGAAAAGGAAAGGUAAAACUCAGAUGGAUAAAGACGCAAGCACGUUUCGGCGUGAGGACGAAAGGGCGAGGGAGAGAGUUGAGGCGAGAAACGAGUUGGAGAACUAUGCUUACGAGAUGAGGAGAGCUUGUGUUGAGGAUGACAGGAUUCGUUCGUGUGACAGGAGCACGAUUGAGAAGUCGGUUCAUAACGUUUUGUUGUGGUUGGAAAAUAACGGGUCUGCAGCUCCAGCGGAUGUUUUGGCGAAUUCUUUGAAGGGGUUCAAGAAUUAUUGCACUCCGUUUAUUCCGAAGGGUGGUCGACGUCGUCCGAAAUUGUAUUUUGAUUUAAAUGUCUGAGAGCAGAGUGAAUCUGCAGUGGUUUGUUGAGCAAGAUUUUGAAAUACAAUAGUUGCUGCUGGUUAUAUGAUAAAUAAGAUUCUGUCAAUUUCAUCAGAUUACUUGAUUCUUCAAUUGUUCCCAACAUACUGAUUUUUUAACUGUU